GCAUGUCACAGAGGGAGGUCAGAAGGACAUCAGCAAUGGCAGCAGUGGGGCAUAUUCAGUCUAAGGCCAAAGCACGGUUGCUGCCCGACCCAGACAGAAAGAGGAGCCGGCUCAGCAGGACAAGGCGGGACCUGUGGGGAGAGGCAAGCUGGAGCAACCACAGAUGGAGCGGAGCCGCCCCUGGCCCCCUGAGGGCCAGGGAGAGGGGCCUGACUCUUGGCAGGAGCGAGUCCAGCCCUGAGAACGCUGCCCGAGAGCGGAGCCGGGUAAGGACACUGCGCCAGGCCUUCCUGGCCUUGCAGGCCACUCUGCCUGCCGUGCCACCUGACACCAAGCUCUCCAAGUUGGACGUGCUGGUGUUGGCCGCCAGCUACAUCGCCCACCUCACCCGCACACUUGGCCACGAGUUGCCCAGCCCCGCCUGGCCACCCAUCCUGCGUGGACUCCGCUACUUGCACCCUCUCAAGAAGUGGCCAAUGCGAUCUCGUCUCUAUGCUGGAGGCCUAGGGGGCUCUGGCCUUGACUCCACCACAGCCACUGCAUCAGGCCAAAGAACAAGAAAUGCAGAGGUGGCGCCCCAAGUCUCUGGAAAGGCAGAUGCUUUCCUUCCCACCAAGCCACUCUCGCCAGCUCUUGGUGCCAAGUGAUCAUCACACUCACCCUUUUCUCCUAGACUGCACCUCACACUUAGGGACCUGGACUUUCUACCAGCC